ACUUUGGGGACUUCCAACACCCAGGACGGCCCCUACGGCCCCGCCACCUUUUGUUCGGGAAGCGUAGCCGAGAGCGCCGCGGGGAACGGCCUGGACUUCGGGGAUCGCCUUGGUCGGCCACCAGUCUUCCGAGCGCAACCUGUUCCUUCUGCUGGGAGAUACUCGGCCCGCCGGAGGGGCGACUUGUGUUUACUUCGGGUGAUAAGAAAUUCGCAGUCACUCGACCAAAAACUUCUUUUUUCUCUUUGGGUGACUUGUGACUCCAACCCAAGUUGUCUCGUGAGGUUGCCCCUCCGAGUUUGUUUCACGGCAGAGGCGGCCGCCCGCGCCCCCGGUCCUUCCUGAGGGCGCAAUGGCCAACUCGGGCCUGCAGCUGCUGGGCUUCUCCAUGGCCUUGCUGGGCUGGGUGGGCCUGGUGGCGUGCACCGCCAUCCCGCAGUGGCAGAUGAGCUCGUUCGCGGGCGACAACAUCAUCACGGCCCAGGCCAUGUACAAGGGGCUGUGGAUGGACUGCGUCACUCAGAGCACGGGAGUGAUGAGCUGCAAAAUGUACGACUCGGUGCUCGCCCUGCCUGCGGCCCUUCAGGCCACUAGAGCCCUAAUGGUGGUGUCCCUGGUGCUGGGCUUCCUGGCCAUGUUCGUGGCCACGAUGGGCAUGAAGUGUACGCGCUGUGGGGGAGAUGACAAAGUGAAGAAGGCCCGCAUAGCCAUGACCGGAGGCAUCAUUUUCAUCGUGGCAGGUCUUGCUGCUUUGAUAGCUUGCUCCUGGUAUGGCCACAUGAUUAUCACAGACUUUUAUAACCCUUUGGUCCCCAUGAAUGUUAAGUACGAGUUUGGUCCUGCCAUCUUCAUUGGCUGGGCAGGGUCUGCUCUGGUCCUUUUGGGAGGUGCACUGCUCUCUUGCUCCUGUCCUGGGAGUGAGACAAAAGCUGGGUACGGUGCACCCCGCUCCUACCCUAAGCCCAACUCUGCCAAGGAGUACGUGUGAACUGGGACUCCCUUGCCCCAGCCUGGUGGCCUAGACGCUUGAAAGGACUGGGGCAGAGAGCUCAGCCCGGGGGCAGGAUGUACAGGAGCCUGUCCUGCACACCGUGUACAAUUCCCUGGGGGCUAGGUGGGAGAGAACAAAAGAGGGGUGGAUGUGCUUUUUGUACAGUAAUAAAAAGUAUGUUUUGGAAAGUUGGCUUUUCUUCCUUCCCCUUUCUGCUUUCUUCCUACUGAGCUCCUUGUAGGGAGCCUGGAAUCUAAAAUAUACACAUUGAGCACCAAUGGCGUUGCACGCCAUCCCUGUUCCACCACUUCAUUGUUCUUCAGCCCCCAACACUGACUAUUGACUCUAGAAGACUCAGGUGCUUGGUUUCCUCCAUCCAUUCCCAACCUCCAGUCCCUUCUACUCCCAACUCUUGCUUAAA